GAAGAAGAACAAGAGAUUCGGGAGAAGAAACCCUUUUAUACAAAAAGUCCUCGACGCAAAAGUUUAUCCAUCAUAACGUAUAGGCUAAAAUCCUUUCAACAUCGGAACCCAUGGCGUCAAAAGGGCUUGUACGACAAGAAGGGUUUCAUCCAGAUACCUCUUCUUCUGGCUCUGAUCUAAGCUGGAGACCUUCUUCUGCGCUCAGUGGAAUUGGAUCAUCUCCGCAUGAUUUAGGCGGCGGCGGUGGUGGAGAUUUCGACCAAGAGCUGGCUACGUUGAUUAGCUCUGAGAGGAGUACAGCGUCAACUUCGUCCUCUUCAGGGAGUACUACGAAUGAUUACGUUCAAAGAACACACAAUAUCUUCGAUAUGGGCGUUCGACCUCCUUCGUCGUCUUCAUUACACACCGCACACAACAAUUCUCAUAACCAGCAUGCACCGUCGAACUCUCAGCGCGCUGACUCACCUCCACACCCUACUUCCAUUCCAGCGCAUUUCAAUUCAACAUUGCCUGCUUUAAACUCAAGUAUGCGAUAUGAGCCCCUACCAGAUCUACCCACGUCGUCGAUGACUCCUGUGCCUCCGACAGGCGAUUCACCUGGAUUAGGAGGAUGGACUAGACAUACACCGUCUCCUCGUCCUACUGGAACUAACAACAACAACACUAAUCCAAACAACAACAACGGUAAUGCUUCUGUUGGUCAUCCUUAUGCCGUAUCCAGAUCCCGCUCUCGAUCUCGACCUCCUUCGGCGUAUCCUGGUCACCCAGGUCCCAGCGCUUCACCAAGUAUCCUGCCCUCUUCUCUAGGUUCUUCGGGGAUCGGUCCGCAGAGGACAACUCGUGCUAGAAGAGGGAAUAGUGUUUCUAGUAUGAGCAGUAUGACUAGUAGCACCAGUCCACCGCCGCUGCUGCAACAAUCUGCUCAAGCCAUCGUUAUACCGCGAACCGGUCAUCAUCACACCCAAAGCGGUAAUGGUAAUGGUGGUGGUGAUGGAUGGUAUGGACCGGGUAGUCAAGGCAGUUUAGGGAGUAGUACUGGCGAAUACGCUCUCCCCACACCUGAAUCCCUCCAUUCACACUCACAUUCCCCCGCUUCCUUUCAUGGGUUCGCCAAUCUCUCGCUAAACGUCUCAAACCUCAAUCCUAUGGGCAGCAUGAACAACAUGAACUCACCGAGCAUGAACAUCAGUUCCCCACUAAACCAAUAUAUCGGUAGUGGCUCUCUCGAUGGAAUAGGUGGCUCGCCAAUGGGCCUCAAUGGCUUCAACCCCGGACUCAGUACAGGCGGUAUCAACGGUAUGAGCAUCUCCGGAGGCAUCGGGAACAUCAACAACGGCAUAAACAGCAUAAACAACGGCAUGCCCAACAGCACGUCGUCGUUUAAUGCGAAUGGUCAUUGGCCGUCGUCGCCUGGUGCAGGAGACCAACAGCACUUCGGAUCCCCGUUCGGGAAUUCGUCCUCCCCGCAUUUGCAUACGGGGCCUCAUCCUCACCAACAUCAAGGUCAGCAUCCUCACCAGCACCACCAAGGACACCAUGAGCAGCAUGGACACGGGCAUGCCCAGAUGCAUUUUGGGGGUACUCACACCCCCACACCAGCGUCUUUCAACUCGUCGCUCGACAGAAUCGACCGUUUGGAUCGAUUCGAUAAGCUUGAGAGGUUCGACAGGUUAGAUCGGCUUGAUGGAUGGGGAUUCCCCGAAUCCCGCUCUCAUUCCGGACAUUCUAGCAGUAACGGAGGAACGGGCGGUGGGAUGACACCACUUUCCUCGUCGUUGCCUACAACAAGCACCAUUCUUCCUCCACCUCCACCUUCUUCAUCUUCCGGUCGAGGCCACGGGCACAGUGCCAGCAUCAGCGGCGCCACAUCCACUUCUUCCACCACAACCUCUUCAUCCAAUCGCCGAUCCACCAAAGCAGAAAAGGCCGAACGCGCCGCUGCGUUAGACUCCAACACGAAUAACAAUAAACAUCUGACGCCGGCGGAGAAACAGGCGUUGGUGGCGAAUGAGAAGAGGCGGAGGAGGAGGGAAAGCCAUAACGCAGUGGAGAGGAGGAGGAGGGACAAUAUCAAUGAGAAGAUUGGUGAAUUGGCGACCUUGAUUCCGGAUGUAAUGUUUGGUGGGGAGGGAGGAGGAGGUACAUCCAACUCUGGAGCCUCUCCACCACCAGGAACAGACUCCUCUAAUAACAUCAACCCGUUGUCGCCUAUAUCCCCAACAUCUCCCACUUCACCUACGUCGCCUUCCGGUCUCCCAGGACUCACAAAUCUCUCCGGGCACUCGUACGGUUUUAAUCUUGACAUGAUGGGUCUCCCUGUUCCGGAUGAGUAUUUCCAUAAUAACCCCGGCGCGGCUGCGGGUGGACCUGGAUCUGGGUCAGGAUCGGGUGUGGCGCUGAAGACCGAGCCGAUGGAUAGUGACACGGUCGUUGGAGAUGAAGAAGCCCUCACCGCCAAAGGUGGAGAUGGCAGGGGUAGUAGUGGUGGUAAGGAUGGGAAGGAUAAAGAUGGUGGCAAGGAUGGAGACGAGGCGGGAGGAGUGGUGAAAGCGAAUAAAGGGAUGAUUCUGAGAAAGAGUGUAGAGUAUAUACGGUAUCUCCAACAACUAGUCACGGCGCAAGGUGCUCGGAACAGGGAACUAGAGAGGGAAUUGAGGACGUAUCGCGGAGGACUUGCGAAUCCCAACCCCAGCUCCUCGUCGUCCAAUACUCCGAAUGCUAUGAACACUCUCAACCCCAUGAACACGAUAGAUCCGGGUUUGGGAGGGAACAUGGGAGAAAUGGGGUUUCAUAAUAUAAAUCAGAUGAACGAGAUGAACGAAAUGCAUCAGGGAGACCAUCCUGGAGGGUUUGAUAGCAUGAAUCCGAUGGAGUCGAUGCAUGGUUUCAAUGGUGAUGGAAAUUUUGGAGGGUUGGGAAGUUUCAAUCAUAAUGGAAACUUCGGUGGCAUGGGCAACUCGUUCAGCGGAAUGGGGCCUAUCAAUAUGAACAUGAACGAUCUGAAUAACAUGUCCGGUUUGUCGGGGAUGGGCUCUUUGAACUCGAUGGGCUCGAUGAACUCUAUAGGCAUGGGUCUAUCGAUGGGCUCGCCAUUGAGUGACGUUGACGAGGACGAGGAUGAACAUAAAGAGGUCAAGGAGGAGAAAGGGUUCAAAGGGUUCAAGGAACACACGGAGCGUAGAGAUAGUAGAAAAACGAAACUGAACACAUCGAAUUCAAAGGAUUCGGUCCACCCCGGUGACGCCGAUGCUUCCACAACCAUCUCUGGUGUAUCCUCGUUAUCGAAGGAGAAAGAUACCAACAAUAACGGUGUAUCUUCUCUCCCUUCCCCCGGUGCUUCUGAAUCUUCCUCUACUUCUUCCAACCCUGCACCACACUCGAUCUCAGGAACAACCCUCCCAAUGGGCAAAUCGACACGCACGACCAGGUUACGGGCUAAUUCCGUAAAGAACAAUAUCUCCUCUUCCGCUUCUGCUGUCAAUGCUAGCGCCUCUCAUUCUAAUCCUAAUCUUUCCUCGCCUUCUUCGACUUCCACAUCGAUGCCAAAAGAUAUUCUGAGCGGCGAGAAUAACCGCGGUCGAACCCGCCGCGCCCGUCGAGGCUCAGAUGUCACAGGUGGAAAAGUCGGUGGAAAAGCUGAAGUCCUAGGAAAUGUCAGCACCAGCCCUGUUGCGAGGCGAAGACGCGCUGCUGUUGCUGCCACCCACAAGUCCAAGUUGAAACCCGACUCAGAAGAUCCGGACGUAGACAUGGACACUGCGUCUGUCGUUGAUUCCGCUGUGGUGGACGAUGAUGAUUAUGAAGACGACGACCCGGAGGCCGUGGACGACGCAGAUGACGGGGGUGAUGAUGAUAGGGACGAAGACUACCGUGAUGAAGAUCAUAGUCCGAACAGUGUUACUUCACGGCCCGGGUCUGGAUCACCGAGGAACGCAGGAGGCAAUGACGAUGACGACUCACCUUCUGCAAUGGCCAUGGAGAUGGAUGACGAGCCGAUAGGGAGAAGGAAUGGGAGGAAUGGAAGGAGAAACCGGGUGGCGCUUGGAGGUGGUGGUAUGGAGUUUUGAGCAGUUUUUUCACGGUUUACGACGGCGUCAUUGUACUCGUCCUCUUUCGAUAACCCUGGUUGACGGAUUGCUUUGAGGUGAUGGAAACAACCUGGACAAGUUUUGCUGCCCAGACGAUUUGGUGGUUAUGCAGUUGACGUGUUGAAUUGCGGUGAGGGAGUUGCAUAUUGUGCCUUGCUGUGACGUGCAAGUCGCUCUCGAUGAUUCCUUGAUGAAGUUACUUUAUGCCCCUCUCCUCCUUUUUGUUCGUGCUAUUUCGUCCUUCGGU